AUGACUAGCGUUGGUUCAGGUUAUGAUUUAUCAGUUUCAACAUAUUCACCAGAUGGAAAGAUCUUCCAAAUUGAAUAUGCCAGCAAGGCUGUAGAGAAUUCAGGUACUGUAGUUGCCAUUCGUUGCAAGGAUGGUGUUGUUAUGGGUGUAGAGAAAAUAUUACCAUCAAAGAUGUUGUGUCAUGGUUCAAAUCGUAGACUUCAUUCUAUAGAUUUACAUAUUGGUAUUGGUAUUGCUGGAUUUUUAGCAGAUGCUAGACAACUUGUUAAUCGUGCAAGAUCAGAAGCCAAGCAAUAUAAAAGUGUAUAUGGUCAACCAAUCCCAAUUAAAGUUUUAGCUCAACGAAUUGCUUCAUAUAAUCAUGUACAUACAUUAUAUGGUAGUGUUAGACCAUUUGGUUGUUCAAUUACUAUUGCUGGUAUCGAUUCAACUGGCCCACAAUUAUUUAUGAUUGAACCAUCUGGAUCAUGUUUGGGUUAUUAUGGUACUUCUAUGGGAAAGGGCAAGCAAGCCGUCAAGAAUGAAUUGGAAAAGAUUAACUUUACCGAAAUCACUGCAGCUGAAGCUGUUAAAACUAUUGCCAAGAUUAUUUACUCUGUACAUGAUGGUGACAAGGAUAAGGAUUUCGAAUUAGAAUUAAGUUGGAUUACUCGUGAAUCUAAAAUACAUCAAUUGGUUCCAAAGGAAAUUCACGAUAAUGCCGAAGCUUUUGCCAAGCAAGCUCUUGAAGAAGCAAACUUAAUUUAA